AAUAAUAUAAGAAUAUCGAAUUUUCUGUCACCACUCAAACCCCCCCUCCAAAAAAACUCAAAACAAUAAAUUCUUUUUUCUAUGUUUCGGUCUCAGGUGUGUUGAACUCCGAGGUCCACGUCCAAAAGCGACAGCCUGCUUGCCUACGUUGUGCGUGUGUGUGUGUGUGUGUACGAUGUGAAAUAAAUAAACAAAAAAAAGUUAAACAAAUGAAAGCAACAAACAAACGUCAAAAAAAUAUCACACACUGCUCCGCACCGACACCCACUCUCAGAAAAAAAGCUUAAAGACAUUCCAAAAAAAGGUAGCCAGCAGCAGCAGCAGCAGCGAGAAAAACAAAAAAAAGAAAUCGAAAAACAUUGAGCAGUAGGCAGCCGUCGUCGAUUCAGGGCGGGCAAUAAAACACACCAACCAUCUCAGCCGGAAAUUGGCCAAAUCACUCUGGAGGAUCUGGAGCCGCAGGAUAUGGAAGUUGAUGCGCCAUUAGCGCAGCACAACAGCGACAGUCAUCAUCCUCAUCAGCAUCAGCAGAUCUCGCCCACCGCUUACCAUUCGGAGUCAUCAAUGAAUUUCGAUUAUUUGCAAGAUCUCCGAGCUGGCGCCAUGUCCGCCUCCUCAUCCGCAGCAGGAUCGGCUGGUGGGAAUGGCGGCGGCGGCAACAGCGGCUCCUAUGGACUGGUCGACGACAGUAGAGCAUUGGACAGACCAUAUAACGCCAGCGAGAGGUUUGUGAAUAUACUGGACCAGUUGGAUGCACGUGUGGAGAAGCUGCGCAAAGAUGCCCUCAACUUGCAAGAGAAGAAAGACUAUCUACUGAUGUCCAUGGAUCUGAUUAAGAGCAAUGAAAUGCUGCAGAAUAUGACCGAAGCUGAACGCGAGGAGAUCAUGUUGUACAUUCAGCGCGUCAGCUCACGCCUGGGCACCGUGGAGCUAAAUGUGCGCACUGUGCGCGACAAUUCCCAGGAGGAUUCACUUAGCCAGAUUAAUGCUUUAAUCGAUACCAUGAUCAAAAUGGGUGAUCCUGUAAUUGCACGACAGCGUUGCCAAUUAUAUUUGAAUGCCUGCUGCAGCAGCUCAAUGGAUCCAUCUGGACACAUGGACACGGUGCCUGAGGCUGAUGUGGGUCCCAUUGACAAGAAGUUCGAGAGCGUUCUGCUCGGUUGCACCCUGGACGAUCAGAAGAAUAUUAAAAAGCGACUCCAGGCCUUAAUGGGUUAUCUAAAUAAGCAAACUGUUAGCCAUUAGUUUAAUUUGUUUUUUUAUGUGGAACAUAAACUAUUCAUAGAAAUUAUUAUCAAAAAACCAAAACGAACGAAUUAUACAUCACCAAGCCAGACAAAACGAGUAAUAAUAAACGAAAUGAUAAUA